AGAACUCGGCAGAGUUUAAUUUGAUUCUUCGUGUGACAGAGGCUACUGCAGAGAUAAAAUGACAUUGCUGACUAUUUUAGCAGGCUUGGGCCUGCUGAUGUUCCUCCAAGUUGGUUCUGCCUUCAAGCUGGUGUGCUACUUUACAAACUGGUCCCAGUAUAGACCUGAUGUUGGGAAAUACAUGCCCAACAAUGUGGACCCUCACUUGUGUACUCACCUGAUCUAUGCCUUCUCCGUCCUGAACGACAACAGCGAGCUCACCACCUUCGAGUGGAAUGACGAGAUUCUGUACCAGAGCUUCAAUGCCCUCAAAAACAGUAACCCUCAGUUGAAGACUCUGCUGGCUGUUGGAGGUUGGAACUUUGGAACAAGACAGUUCAAUAUCAUGGCUUCCUCUCAAGUGACCCGCAACAGGUUUAUCCAGUCGUCCAUCAAGUUUCUGCGCAAGCACGGCUUUGACGGGCUUGACCUGGACUGGGAAUACCCUGGGGCAAGAGGCAGCCCCCCAGAGGACAAGCAGCAUUUCAGUUUGCUGGUCAAGGAACUUCUGGCCACGUUUGAAGAUGAGUCGAAGUCAACCAACAGACCCAGGCUCCUGCUCACAGCAGCAGUGGCUGCUAGCAAGGAAAUCAUUGACAAUGGCUAUGAGAUUGCUGAGAUCUCAAAGUACCUGGACUUUAUCAAUGUCAUGACGUACGAUUUCCAUGGAUCCUGGGAAACCUUCACAGGCCACAACAGUCCCCUGUACCGUGGCUCCACUGAUCAAGGGCAGAUGAUCUACUUCAAUACUGACUAUGCUAUGAAGUACUGGCAUGACCAGGGAGCUCCACUGAAGAAGCUAAUGAUGGGAUUCGCUGCGUAUGGACGCACGUUCCGCCUAUCCUCUGCUCAGUCCGGUGUGGGAGCUCCUGCCAGUGGGCCUGCAUUGGCAGGACAGUACACCCGUGAGCCAGGCUUCUGGUCUUACUAUGAGAUUUGUAACUUCCUGGAAGGAACCUCCAUCCAGUGGAUCACAGACCAGAAAGUGCCCUAUGCCACCAAGGGGAACGAGUGGGUGGGCUUUGACACUGUUGAAAGCUUUGAAACUAAGGUGCGAUAUCUGAAGGACAACAAGUUCGGAGGGGCCUUCGUGUGGGCUAUUGAUCUGGAUGAUUUCAACGGACAGUUCUGCAGACAGGGCAAUUACCCUCUUAUCACCAAGCUCCGUACCCUGCUGGAUAUAGAAAUACCCCCGUCUCCCACGACUACCCUUCGUCCCAGCCAAUCCUCUACCACCACAAGCAGUGGUUUCUGUGCUGGCAAACCUGACGGCCUGUAUGCCAACAACAUGGACCCCAACUCAUUCUACAACUGUUACCAAGGGGUGACCUACCUUCAGAGGUGCCCAACCGGGCUGGUUUUCAAAAAUAAGUGCAAAUGCUGUGACUGGCCAUAAAACGUUGUUUCCAAGAGUGCACUAUCAAAUUAAUCUGCAAGACAAUGCCAAACCUGAUCAACGUGUAUGUUAACGCAAUGUUUGUAUCUGAUCAAAAGCAAGCCCCUGAAGACACCUGUUUGUGUGUUUGUUUUUUUAGCUUUUAAAAAUAAAUCUGAACGAAUCAAAAUGCCCUCUUCAUGUUAAGGCAGGUGACGGUGCCUGAAUAAAGAUUUGAAUAUAUGA